AUGGAUCUUUUGACCAACAAAGGAGCCUUUUCUUCCUCUUUUGCCGAACAAUGCAAAUAUGAUGUGUUCUUGAGUUUCAAAGGAGAAGAUACUCGCAAUGGGUUUACUAGCAAUUUAAAUGGUAUUUUGCGUCAUAACGAUAUUGACUCCUUCAUGGAUGAUAAGCUUCCAAGGGGACCCAUAGAGCUUCUUGAAGCCAUUGAAAGAUCAAGAAUUGCAAUAAUUAUAUUUUCUAUAAACUAUGCAUUUUCCACUUGGUGUUUAAAUGAACUUGUUAAAAUUCUUAAGGGUAAAAAGAAUGGUCAACUAGUUCUACCAAUUUUUCUCAAGGUAGAUCCAUCAGAAGUACGAAACCAAAUGGGAGAGUUUGGAAAAGCACUGGCAAAGCUUGAAAAAAAAUUCAAAGAUAAUAAGGAGAAGGUGCAAAGAUGA